GAGACACCGCGCGCGGGCGGGCCGUGCGGGAGGAGCCGGGCCUGCCAGCGCAGACAGCUCCGCCCCUCUUCGGGCGCUGCGGGCUGCCUGCGCCGGCCCAGCGCCGCGGGAUUCCGAGCCUCUCGGAGCCCCGGGGAGCCGGGCGUCAUGGCCAAGGGCCCCCAACCCCGACGCGGCCCUGCGACGCAAGGAAGCGCCCUGCGAGCCCUGCUGCGCUGCAACCUGCCCCCGGGCGCGCAGCGAGUGGUGGUCUCCGCGGUGCUGGUGCUCCUCGUCCUCGUCAACGUCGUGCUGAUCUUCCUGCUGGCCUUCCGCUGA